CGUCUCGUAUUAUGUUUUACUUCUAGUUGGUUGAAGUCUUGUUACUAUUCCAGCUUGUCUUAUUCAAACUGUCCUAUCGACAAGGUUAGGGUUAGCUGCUCGGUUGCCUCGUACCAGGCGAGCAAAUCAGCCGUGGUACCACGGCUGAAAAACUUGUUGUAUGGUAUUAUCGAGUUAGAAAAUUGCUCGAAGUCUGUUCCGAAUGCUGAUAUUUGAAUGUGCAUUGUUAUGCCGUGAUAUUUUUACCGAUGGCUGAAGCGGUGUGUGUGUGUAUGUAUGUGUCCUAAUGAUAAGUCAAUGGUACCUUUACAAGCAUGAUGCUCAGGCCAAAGCUGCACGCUGUAGUUUGCUACGGGGCAAUACAGUAUGUGAGUUAGGCUUCGUUGUUAGGCGGAGUGCUUAUGCCAAAACCUGGUGGCACGAAGGUGUUUUGGUGUUGUAAAUUACGUGUUGCUACCGUAUAUCGCUAUUGGUAUUACUUGCCAUCGUCGAGUAGUCGCGAAAACGAAGUCCUCUUGAUUUUUGAGCUUUAUCUCGGUUGUUUUAUCCUAUUGUUUUUAAGAACUUUUCACGGCAAUGUGGUAGAUUUCUUGUGAAUUUCAAACGCACGUUAUCUCCGCGAUAGAUAUUGUGAUCUGGUUCCCCUGCACAUGGCACUAAAGACAGCACGGCGGUGUGCUAGUUUACCGUUUGGCUGUUUCACAAGGUGAGCGCCAUCCCACAACUCAGUUGAGUAUUCGCUCUGGGAUUCGUGCUGCGUGGGCUUUUUAGAAGAUGAAAGCCAGUUUCGUGAUGCUAUCUUUAUGAUUGUGGCAUCGACAUCAAUAACAGACUGCUAUUGGUGGUGCAAGCCGAGAGUGCAAUUGAAGCUGCACCGACAUCUGCGAGACAUUUACUUAGCAAGCCGAAGCAAUCGCAAUGUCGUCCCGUAUUUUCGUCGGGCAUCUGCCGAGGGAAGUGGACAGCCGCGAUAUAGAAGACUACUUUGAUCGUAUGGGCCGCAUUCGCGAUGUCGUUCACAAAGGCAAUUACGCUUUCGUGGAAUAUAAUGAUGAACGUGAUGCUCGUGACGCGAUCUCAGAGCUCAACGGUGUCUCGUGGAAAGGGGAGCGCCUGAUUGUGGAACUCGCUAAUAGACCACGCAACCGAAGCCGCAGCCGGUCUCGUUCACGUCGCCGAGGAGGACGCCGAAGAAAUCGUAUCACCAGGGGUCCGCCUCGCCGCACGGAUUAUCGGAUUGAUAUAAAGAACCUCAGUACCCGUGUUUCUUGGCAGGAUCUCAAGGACAUUUUCGGAGAGGUAGCCAAGGUUGUCUACGCUGAUGCGCAUAACAAGAAAAAAAAUGUGGGACUUGUCGAAUUCGACACCAAAGAAGAGAUGCAUCGUUGCUACGACAAAUUCAAUGGCAAGUCGUUCAAUGGACGGAAGAUCGAAAUGGAGCUAAACGUGCGCAGCCGUCACUCUUCUCGAUCGCGCAGCCACAGCCGCUCUCGAAGCCGUUCGAGGUCCUCGCGCCGUUCACGAUCCCGCAGUCGAUCUCGACGUCAUUCGCGUAGUCGCUCACGAGGCUCGAGGCGGCGUUCACGAAGCCGCUCGCGCGGUUCCCGACGUCGCUCCCGCAGCAGGAGCCGAUCUGAACGAUCGCGCUCCCGCAGCAGGAGCCGCUCGAAGGACCGCCUUUCUCGAUCAAAGUCGCGCAACAAUAACAGCACUAAACAACGAUCAAAGUCGCGCGAGCCGAAGAAGUCGUCGAGAUCUCGGUCGCAAUCUCGAGAGGAUAAGAGAGGAGCGAUUUCCGACCGUUCCAGGUCGCCGCAUUCUCGGUCGAAAAGCCCAGCUGACGCGAAGAAACAGUUGGCUGGUGAACGUUCUGCAAGCAAAGAGAAGCAACGCUCAAGGAGUCGUAGCGUUGAAAGCACUAAGAAGCGGGCAGAGUCAGGGUCACGGUCGAGGUCUCGCUCGAGGUCAAGAUCAGCUGAAAAACGCGAGUCACGGUCUCGGUCGAGAUCCCGUGGCUCGAGAUCGAGGUCACGUUCGCCCGGCGGCGGUGGCGAUAAACGAUCACGGUCAGCUUCGGUUGAUGACCGAGCCUCGCGAUCGGGGUCACGCGGACGCGCGAAAAGGCUCCGAAGCUCUCGUUCCCGAUCUGAUUCGCGAUCACAUUCACCUACGCCAAACGGAAAGGACCAUCAUCGUAGCCGGUCAAGAAGUUCUUCAGGAUCGCUUCCCAGACAAAAGAUCAACGAUGAGGUCGGCGAUAAUUCGCCGUAGAUGUCAAGGCUGAAAACGACUCGACAAGUAUCAUCGAAAUGUCGUACUGGCCUUCCACGAAAAAGCAAAAACAGCUAUACAAGGCACUCACUACAUUAUUCUAAAUGUUGAAAUCAUGACAUUCGUGUCUAUUAAUCACUUUAUCCAUAUAAUAAACUCAUCAACGGCCCAUAACAUUAAGCAUAUCUUAAUUGUGUGUUGAAUUUGGUGUAUAUGUGAAAAGCUGACUGACGGCGGAGAUAAAAUUUUAAAUACCUCGGUAUUCAUGAAUUAAGUUGAAAUACCUUCAGAACGAUUGAAUAUUUAAGGAGUCUUAGCUACGAAAUAUCUUAUCCUGUUUCUGAUAAUGAUAUCCUUGAAUAAAUAUUGUCUGGUACUAUUGAUUGCCGCUGAUAUAACUGAAA